AUGCCGGUGUAUGGGGGCGUGGUGACGAAGCCUGCGGCCUCGGAGUUCACCUACAUCCCCCAGCGCCCCUACCUCUCCCUGGGCACCCUGCGCGACCAGCUCAUCUAUCCCGACUCGCGCGCAGACAUGGCCGCCCGCGGCGUCUCCGACGACAACCUCCUCCGCAUCCUCGCCAUCGUCGACUUGGACGCCAUCUUCCAGCGCGAGGGCGGCUGGGACGUCGUCCGGGAAUGGCGAGAUGCGCUCAGCGGCGCAGCCACCUCGGCAGUGAAAGUGGCGGCAGGCCUAACGAACAGCGGAAGGAACGGACAGGCAGAGGGGAAGGCGAUUGGUCAAUCCCAAGAGAUAACCGGAACGCAAGACAAGUCGGCGGUACCAGGGGUACCAGGAGUCGAGCAGUCGGCCAAAGGAGGGCCGGAAGACCAACCACCAGCCCCUCUGAAAAAGCAAAAGAAGGUUUCCGUGAAGGCACCAACACAAAGGUCGACCCGGGCGGUAUCAAAGAGACCCGGAGAACAAGAGAAAGAAGGCGAUGGAGGAGGAGAGGAGGACCGAGACGGGGAAGGAAAAACGGGGAUGGGAGAAUUUGGGGAAUUGUGGGGAGAAGGGGGUAGAGAGCUAGGAAACCGGGUAGGAACCGCAGAGAAUCCGGUAGAUGCAGAGGAACCGAUUAGGAAGGGGGGAAAGGGGAACGGCAAAGCAGACCUCCAAAGCAUGAUGCUUGAGGUCAUCGGGAGGGCGCUGGCAGCUGAAGAGGCAGGGCAAUCGGUGCAGGCGAUCAUGUACUUCAAGAUCUGCAAAGGUUUAGGAGGCGAUGUCGGGCCCGCAGAUGUCCUUCCCGUUAAGGCUUAUCACAAUGAACACCCCAAAAGGCCAAGAAGUAGUCAAAAAUUGAACGACUUCAUUAAAUUGAACCCUAAUGCCAUCAAUACGCAGUCGGCGCCGUUUUGCGUCAUGGAGUCUGGAGCAAUUAGUCAAUAUUUAUGUUCCCGUAUAGAUCAGAACAACAAUUUCAGGUUUGCAGAUUGCACUCAAUCAUCCGAAAUGGAACAAUGGAUUUCGUGGGGCCUUUCCCACUUGGGAAUAUUGAUUGAAGAAUGUAUUCAUUUUGCGCGUUAUGCUUCAACACGCGACACUUAUUCCAUAGAAUAUUACCAAAAUCAAAUACUUGAAGCAUUCGAUGAGUUGGAGCAGCAUCUCGCCCAGCGUGCCUCAAUUGUUGCAAGAAGUUACAUUGCAGGCCUAGGGAGUGGAAAGUACUCUUUAGCAGACAUGGCGAUUUGGCCUUGGAUAAAUGUUCGCGACCAGCAGUGA